AUUUAUUUUUAUUUUUCUGACAAGCAGCCUAAUUUGUUGGCAAAUUAAAAUCAAUUCAAAUCGAAUUUAGGCCCAGAAAGAGAAAUAUGCAAAAGAGAGAGCCGAACAAGCAGGGCGGAGGAGCUACCGGCGUCUCCGUCACUCCCGCCGCCAAGAGAGGCCGUCCUUUCGGAAGCGGAAGCAACACCGCCGCAGCUUCUGCUGUAGCUGCGGCGGCAGGUGAAUUAGCCGCUCCCUCCGCCCUACUCGGCCCUUCCCUCCAGGUCCACUCUGCCUUCGCAGAACAGAACACCAAAAGGAUAGUUUUGGCUCUUCAAAGCGGCCUUAAGAAUGAGUUGACUUGGGCACUAAAUGCUCUCACAUUGCUCUCAUUCAAAGAGAAAGACGAAGUCCGUAAAGACGCCACUCCUCUUGCCAAGAUUCCGGCAUUGCUCGACGCGCUACUCCAAGUCAUCGAUGACUGGCGUGAUAUAGCCCUACCGAGGGUCCCGAUAAAGUCACCUCGGGUGAGAACGCUGGGUACGAAUUCUUCUGUUACUGGAUUCCAACAUGUAUUUCCUCAACAAAGUGAGAAGAUUACUUCGAAGCCACGUCGUUCAGGUUGGUGGUUUGAGGAAGACGACCUCUUUAACCUUGACGAGGAAGGACGGGCUGAAAAGCUGCAGUGUGCUGUUGCUGCUUCAAAUAUUAUUCGGAACUUCUCAUUUAUGCCUGAUAAUGAAGUUGCUAUGGGGCAAAAUCGUCAUUGUCUCGAAACGAUGUUUCAGUGCUUGGAAGAUUACGUUACAGAGGAUGAAGAACUUGUCACAAACGCCCUCGAGACAAUAAUGAACUUGGGCCCAUUGCUAGACCUUCGAAUAUUUAGCUCGUCAAAGCCUUCACACAUCAAAAUGACAGAAAAACGAGCAGUCGAGGCUGCCAUGGGUAUGUUGGGAUCUUCGUUGAAAGCCUGGCAUUGUGCAGGUGCAGAGCUACUUGGCCGUUUGAUACUCAACCCCGAUAACGAACCUUUCCUUAUGCCAUUUGCUCCACAGAUCUAUAAGCGAUUAGUUGAGAUGCUGAACUUCACCGUGAGUGAUGCUCAAGCAGCUGCUGUAGGUGCACUAUACAACCUUGCAGAAGUUAACAUGGACUGUCGAUUAAAACUUGCCAGCGAGAGAUGGGCCGUCGAUCGUUUAUUAAAAGUGAUAAAGACACCACAUCCAGUGCCGGAGAUUUGCCGGAAGGCGACACUGAUUUUGGAGAAUCUCGUCCUGGAGCCACAAAACAAGCCACUAUUGCUAGCCUACGAAAACGCAUUUGCAGAUAUGCUGUUCUCCGAUAAUAGGUACGCCGAUGCAUUUGCUCGGAUAUUGUACGAACUCACCUCUCGAACGAACAGUAAAGUUGCUCCGCCCCGUGGUAUUUGGGGCAUGUAAGUAAUUAUCUUUAUAACAGGAGGGCCUUUUUGUAACUGUAGACUGAGAUUCGUUUAGCUAGUGAAAGAGAGUGUCGACUUAAUUUUAUCUGUCGUGCCCAAUUUGAUGUUGUCUUUCGCUGUUGAAUUUUACAGUUAUGUAUCUUCACAUUACAGUUUGAUUAUUGCGGUUGAAAAUAUUUAACUAGGUUUUUUUUUUUUUUUUUGGUGUGUAAAUACUAAGAUUUUUUUUAUAUU